UGCAAGAAAGGGCAACCCAGAAAGCUUGACAAUUUUCUACUGCAACGUUUCAGGAGGCAUAUCAUAUAAACUCCUAGCAUUCACCUCUCUAUCUCUCUGUCUCUGCUGCAUGAAAGAUAGCUCAGUACGCAUGCUCCGUAUCGGAACUGGUCCAUGCCCUGCUGGGUGUGCGAAGUGACGCAGAGGUGGCUGGGCAUCCGAGUCCACCGCUGUCACCAUCCAGGCAGCAGGAGUGGUUGAUAUACCGUAGAAGGAGAAAUGAGCUGGUUUCGAAGGAUUAGAUCCGAGACGGUAGAAGACAACUACAUAGAUCUAUUGGUGCCACUUUGGAAGAAAAGAUGAAUGUCGAAGUCCAGUAAUCGAAGGUGAUGGAAAAGUUGGAAGGUGACAGCAUUCAAAUCAGAACAAAGUAAUAUCAUUGUUUGGUGGAACAUCCUUCAGAGAUGAUUCAUAAAUUGGCUUAUUUAUAUGUUUUCAGUAUUUUUGUUUAUGGAUUCGAUGGACCUAUAGAAAAACGUAUGGGACCCGUCUUCAUCUCCGAACCACCAAGUUCUGUUGAUUUCCUAAAUACGACAGGUGUUGCUGUAGACUGUUUAGCAUUCGGUAGUCCUUCGCCUCGUAUAUCAUGGCGUUUAAGGGACGGCAGCCUCGCAGAGAAUGUGCCAGGACUUAGACAAACUCUACCGAAUGGUACAUUAAUCCUAUGGUCCUUUCGACCCGAACAAUAUCGCCAAGAUGUACACGCGGACGUCUACAGGUGUCUGGCCAGCAACGUGGUUGGAACUAUACUCAGCAGAGACAUCCACGUUAGGGGAGUUGUCAAACAGUACUACGAAGUACAAGUCUAUGAUGAAUAUGUCAUCCGAGGUAACACAGCUGUAUUGACCUGCCACAUUCCUAGUUUCGUAAAAGAUUACGUCACAGUGACGUCGUGGAUACGGGACGACAUUGUUACCAUAACCUCAAAUGUACAGGAAGGAGGUAGAUACAGUGUCUUCUCUUCUGGUGAACUACAUAUCCGCAACGUAACACCCAGUGAUGGGUCUAUGAGCUAUCGUUGUCAAACCACCCAUCGUUUGACUAAUGAAAUCAUUGUCAGUGCCACAGCCGGAAGGUUAAUAGUUACAGAUUCUAGUGGAACAGUACCGCCUCGGAUAACAGAUAGUCGGAGCACUUUGCCUGCUGUACAAGGUAAUACUAUCGAACUCCCGUGUGCUGCUCAGGGCUUUCCCGUGCCUAGAUAUAGUUGGUACAAAUAUGCAGGAAGGAAUAACUCUCAAUUACUUUCGGUUUAUCUGGAUUCGCGAAUGACGCAGUUGAGUGGGUCACUAAUUAUUCGUCAGGUAAAAGUAGAGGAUGAGGGGAAAUAUGUUUGUCUGAUCAGCAAUAGUGCGGGUGAAGAAAGGACAGAAAUGGUACUUGUUGUCACAGCUCAUUUAUCAGCACAUGUACAGCCUCAGCAACAAACAAUUGAUGUUGGAAAAACAGCAAAAUUUAAUUGCUCAUAUUCUGGCCAUCCAGUCAACAGUAUCACUUGGAUCAAAGACGGUAAUCCUAUGUUUGAAGAUGGUAUUCGAGUGAAGGUAUUAUCCAGAAAUGUUCUCAUUAUCUCAUCAGUGCGAAGAGAAGAUAGUGGAAUGUAUCAGUGUUUUGUGUCCAAUGAAGUUGAGUCUGCUCAGGGAACUGCUCAGCUAUUGUUAGGAGAUGCAACCCCAGUUUUUCAUUACGUAUUUUCUGAAGAAACUCUGCAGCCGGGACCAUUUGUAUCAUUAAAAUGUGUUGCUUCAGGCAAUCCCUUGCCCCAAAUUACGUGGACCUUAGAUGGAUCUCUGUUACCCGAAGAUCAACGUUACAGAAUUGGAGAUUAUAUCACUCUGCAAGGUCACGUUGUCAGUUAUGUCAACAUCACGUCGGUUCGUGUGGAAGACGGUGGUGUUUAUGAAUGUCAUGCAAAAAAUACAAUGGGCACAAUCAGCCAUUCGUCAAGGCUCAAUGUUUAUGGUCUGCCUUACAUCCGUCCAAUGAAGGAUGUGUCUGCUGUUGCCGGAGAAAGCUUGGUGCUUAGAUGCCACGUUGCGGGGUAUCCAAUAGACACUAUCACGUGGUCAAGAGAUGGAAGUCGAAUGCCAAUCAACCGACGACAGGAAAUGUUUCCAAAUGGUACGUUAGUUAUUAGAGACGUCCAGAGAGGUGUGGAUGAUGGAUCAUAUAAAUGCAGGGCGUUGAAUAGACAAGGACAAAGCGCCACUGGUACCGUGAGGGUGCAUGUCAUGGUCAAGCCAGUGAUUGAUCCAUUCUCAUUUCCACGCAAUUUACAAGAGGGAAUGCGCUCACGUCUCGUUUGUACGGUGAUUCAAGGAGAUCCACCUUUCGUUAUCCACUGGAGAAAGGAUCGGAGACCUAUUGAACCGGGACUCGGUGUUGGUAUCCGUAAUGAUGAUUUUUCUAGUGAUCUUACUUUUGCUAGUGUCAGUCCACGCCAUAAUGGGAAUUAUACUUGCAUCGUUAGUAAUGCUGCGGCUUCCGUCAGUCAUACAGCUACGUUGAUUGUUGAUGUUCCUCCCAGGUGGAAUGUUGAACCACGCGAUGAAUCUGUUGUAUCUGGACAGAAUGUUCGAAUUGACUGCCUUGCUGAUGGCUUUCCAACACCUGUGAUAACGUGGGAGAGAGGCUCAGUCAGUUCUCCCCAUCAUUACACUGUUAUAGCUAGUGGGCCACAUUACGAGGUCUAUGCCAAUGGUUCCUUGCUGAUAAAAAAUGUUGAAGAAGACGACGGCGGGUAUUAUUUAUGUCAAGCAACCAACGGUAUCGCUUCCGGUUUAAGUAAAGUCGUCUUCCUUACUGUACAUGUUCCGCCAAGAUUCGAAACCAAGUUCAAGAGCGAAACUGUGAAGAAAAACGAGAUGGUGAAGAUGCAGUGCUCAGCUUCCGGCGACCAUCCAAUGACAAUCGUGUGGAAUAUCGACAAACAGCCAUUGAAUCCAACAGAGGAACCGCGGUAUUCAAUAAAAGAUUAUAUCGAUAAAAAACGCCUGUCCUCCGAAAUCACAAUCAUGUCUGCCGAACGGAGGGAUUCUGCCCUAUUUACGUGCCUUGUGACAAAUGCGUUUGGACGAGAUGAUAUGAACAUAAGACUCAUCGUACAAGAGCCUCCAGAACCACCGCGAGAAAUUAAAAUAUUAGAACAAAAAAGUCGGUCUACUAAGAUUUCGUGGUCUCCCCCAUUUACUGGAAACAGUGCCAUUAUUAAAUAUCAUAUACAAUGUAAACAAGAAUCAGUCUUUUAUCAAACAGGGAAUGAUCGGGAGAACGUUAUAAACGUAACAGCCGGAAGUGACGACACUAAAGUGGUAUUGAAAGGUCUCCGACCUGCAAGAACUUAUUAUUGUAGAAUCAGAGCUGAAAAUUCUGUUGGAUUAGGAGAACCGAGCGAACCUACUGCCAUCACUACGUCUGAAGAAGUACCAGGAGGACCACCACUUGAUGUAAAAGUUCAAGCAAUAGAUUCACAAUCAUUGAAAGUAACCUGGAAGCCACCCGAUCACGAAUUAUGGAACGGUCCUAUUAAGGGUUAUUAUGUUGGUUAUAAAGUUUACGAUUCCGAGGAUCCAUAUCUUUAUAAAACUUUAGAAGUAGGACAAGGUAUUGAAGAACAAGUGGUGCUAAAUCAACUUCACAAGUUUACAAGGUAUAGCGUUUUAGUGCAAGCUUACAAUUCAAUGGGUGCAGGACCAAGAUCUGACGAAAUUAUUGUCAGAACAUUAGAAGACGUACCAAGUCAGCCACCGCACAGAGUACAAUGUUUACCACUUACAUCACAAAGUCUCCAUAUAUCAUGGGAAGCACCACCUAUGUCAUCUAUCCAUGGUAUUCUCCAAGGAUAUAAAAUUCUUUACAGGCCAGCCGAAACUUUAGCAGGAGAUGAAGAGUAUGAAGAAAAACGGGUAACUGAACAAGAUGCCAAAUUGACUUCUCUUCAUAAAUAUACGAAUUAUUCCAUAAUGGUUGUUGCCUUUACUCAAAAGGGUUACGGCGUUCGGAGCAAUCCCGUUUACUGCAUGACACUGGAAGAUGUUCCAGGCCCUCCUGCAGCUGUUAAGUCCGUGGUUCUUUCUUCCGAUACAAUUCUCGUAACAUGGAAACAUCCUUUGUUAUCUAACGGCAUUAUUAAUAAAUACUCACUUUAUUGGCGUUCAUUAAGUGAUAUUAAGAAUGCUACCGUAGUCCAUAUUCCCGCUAGUCAAAAUCAAUAUAAAGUUACAGGCUUAAAGGAAAAUUCGCGUCAUGAAUUCUGGUUGACUGCAUCUACUGCCAGGGGUGAAGGAGAAAUCAGCAAAGUUGUUUCAGGAACAACAACAUCAUGGUUACCUGCAAGAAUUUUGGGUUUUGGAGAAACUGUUGUAACUACACCCGGGGAAAAGGUAGUUUUAACUUGUCAGUCGAUUGGAAAUCCGCCUUUGCACAGAAACUGGAAAUUAAGAGGUGAAACCAUUCCAAAACAAAGCAGAAUAGAAGUGUUAUCCGAUGGUGCACUCAUCAUCCGCCAACUCCAAAUUACAGACUCAGGGAAUUAUACUUGUUAUGUAAGAAAUAAACACGGGAGUGAUGAAAUAACGUAUUCUCUUAUUAUACAAGAACCAGUGACAUCUCAUGCGCCUCAGAUUAAAAUCAUAUCAGCAUCUACGACUUCAGUUCACGUUGAACUCCUCUUUACCAUGCCAGAAAAUGUCAUAUUAAGAGGAUAUGAAGUUCAUUAUAAGGCUGAAAAUAAAGAAUGGCAACAAAGAAGAAUAUCCGGAAAAAACCAUACGUUUAUGUUAGAUGGCUUAGAAUGUGGUGCAAGUUAUCAUUUAUAUGUGGUCGCUUUAACAAGUGAAGGAAAAGGUGAACGAAGUAAUCCUGUUGUAUUUAGAACAGAAAGUACUGUGCCAGUUGCUCCUAAACAGGAAGAUAUGAUUUUUACAAACUCGACACAUUUAGUACUUCAACUUUUAUCAUGGCAAAGCGGUAGGUGCCCUAUCACGAAGAUGAUUAUUGAAUAUCGGCCUCAGUCCAGCACUCAUUGGACAUUGUUGACUAAUAGAGUAGUACCUGAACAACAAAAUCAAAUAAUAAUACAGGAUUUAAAUCCUGAAACGUGGUAUGUGAUCAGAGUAACUGCUUAUAAUGCUGCGGGAUCGACAGUAGCGGAAUAUGAUGUUAUAACAUUGAAAGUGUCAGGAGUUGUAUCCGUGUCUGAUGCCGGAAAUCCAGAUCACUUACCAGCCGCGCCACCUUUCUUCGAAGAUACCACUACUUUAGUAUCCAUGGCUUCUUCCGGUGUUGUUCUGAUAGCGGGUGUAGUAGCAGUGGUAUGUUUAGUUAUGUACAAGCGUAGACGAAAUACCAGACAUCACUAUAGAGAAUCUUCAUCGAGAAGUGAUGUUGCUACAACUACAGCGUUGAUGGCACACUUAGAGAAGAAGUCACAAAGAUCGGAAACCAGUCGUCAGAGCCACAGUCAUAGCAGGGAUUUACCUUCAUAUUUCUCAUCUCCUGUUCGGAAAGUCGUUCCUACAGCUAAUCCUCCUUCUUCAAGACAACUGCCCCAUUCCUCUUCGAGCAGUCACUAUUACGAAGAUGAAAUAGCCCCAUACGCAACGUUCCAGCUUCCAGGUCCCACACCAGAAGAAGACGAAGGUCAAACGGAAGAGUUUAAAACAUUCAGCGUACACCAUGGCGAACCGCCAUACUUAGCCAAAACGAGUUUAGACCCCCCAUCUGCGAAAAGUGGUAAAGCCAGUGAAGAAUUAUAUCAGAGCCAAGCUCCCAAUAGUCAUAGUUUAACUUCGGGUUCAUCCAAUCAAGAGGAAUUAAUGCGAGCUUACGAAUAUGCCCGUCGCCAUCCACCUCCUGCAUUACAAUACGAUGGUAUCCAUAAUAGAGGACAAAGUCAUACCAGCGGUACAGGCACGACAGAAUCUGAGGGUACAGAUCCAGGAAUUAGACAGUUUAGUGGCACUCCACCUAAGCCGAAUGAAAGGCGUCAAGGGGCUUGUCUUACUCCAGGCGUAUCAGUAGGUGCAUCAGCACAGACAGCAGGAAAUGAAUCCAGUACGUCGGAUGAAGCCACACCUGUCAACACUCCAUAUCAAGCCCGACCUAUGCCUUCCGCACAACCGAGGGAGAAGGGACAGCUUUCAUGGGGAGGAAUGAAGAACCGUAGCCAAGCCACAAGCAAGAAGACCAAUUCCAAAGGUAUUAAAAAGGGGUUAUCAAGUGAUGAAAGUGACAGCGAAGGGACAAUCUACACAUUCAGCAGGGCAGAUACAGUGGUACUGAGGGGAAGCAGUGGGAAUGAGGUUUCCGAAACAGAAUGUGAUCGAGACAGAAUAACUCACUUAAGUAGAAGUGGAUUUUCAAGAAGGCCUCCUGCGAGAUCACACACAAAAUCAGAUGUUAUCGAUUGCUAGUAGGUUUUGAAAAUUCCUUACCCAAAACAAGAGAAGAGCUUUAUUAGCCAGUUAUUGGCUACUGCCUGAUGUUUCUGGGGAUGCCAAAUCUACAUGUACAAAAAAAAAUCAAGAAAAACCUACCAGAAUGUGAGGUAGACUAGAGCAGUGGAAAAGUUUUUUAAGUGAUGGAUCUUUCCGAAAGAAGAAACAAGAAGAUUUUCCCCUCUUUCCAAACCCUUAACCCUCUGGACGUGCCUUUGUACCAGUUUGCACCCUAUGCCUUGCCAGUCAGAAUGUCAGACAAGGAGAGAGCAAACAUAACCAACAAAAGAUAAAAAAAAAAGUGUCCUCAUUCUGGUGUUAGCAGCCACAAUGAUCUAGAGCAUAUCCACCCUUCUAGUACAAAUUCCACCAAACCCCUCUGUACGUCCCAAGUUUAUACUCUACAUAAUCAGACAGGACCUAAUUGUUCCUCCUUGAGAAAAAAACAUAAUAAUAAAACUAAACAGAAUGGAGAUGUCAUCAUCGCUGACAUAUUUUAAUUUUUUUUAA